UAUUCCUCUUUUCUUGUUCCAUAGGAGCUUCGCCGCCAUAGACCUCCCUCUUCUGCGUCCCGGUUUUCAUCAGAAGCUCUCCAAUUCCUAAAUGCUCUUCAGAACCCUCUCUGUCACCGCCCACUUCCGCCACCAUUUCCGAUUUAGCUCUGCACUUCUCUAUCCCCACCACCUGGGGCGGUCCAUCUCGAGCCUCAGAGUGGUGUGGCGGAAGGACCCGAAGCUCGACCAGGCGAUUGACAAUGACAAGCGCUACAAGCUCUCUGCCCGAGUUGUCCGCGAGGUCCUGAAUGAGCCGGGCCAAGUCAUCCCGCUCCAAUACCUUGAGAAGCGCCGCGAGAGGCUCCGCCUCAAUGUCAAGGUACGGACCUUCUUGGACCAGAACCCCGGCCUCUUUGACACCUACUACGAUCGGAUCCGGCCAAAGUCUGACCUCGUGCAGUUCCUUCGACCAAGCGCCCGGCUCCGGCAGUUCCUCGAGAAGGAGCGGCUGAUCAAUUCCCAUAAUGAGGGAUUGAUCGUGUCCAAGCUCUGUAAGCUGCUGAUGAUGUCCAAGGACCGAGUCAUCAGCACUGAUAAGUUGGUUCAUGUCAAGAGAGAGUUCGGGUUACCGAACGAUUUCCUGGUUGAUUUGGUCCCAAGGCAUCCUGAGUACUUCCGAUUAGUCGGUUCCCCGGGUGAGGGCAAAUCAUUCCUGGAGCUGAUCUCAUGGAACCCCGAGUUUGCGAAGUCUGCUAUCGAGAGGCAGGCGGAGGAAGAGUCGACGAUGACCGGGAUCCGGUCCCGGUCCAACUUUAAUGUCAAGCUCCCGCCAGGAUUUUUCCUAAAGAAGGAGAUGAGGGAGUGGGUUCGGGAUUGGUUGGAGCUCGAUUACAUCUCCCCAUACGAGGAUGUAUCGCACUUGGACCAAGCGUCGCCGGAGAUGGAGAAGAGGAUGGUCGGGGUUUUUCACGAAUUGCUUUCCCUCUCGCUGUUAAAGAGGAUUCCUGUGCCGAUAAUAGGGAAGUUCACUGAGGAUUACAGGUUCUCCAAUGCGUUCUCCAGCACAUUCACAAGGCACUCUGGGAUAUUCUAUAUGUCGUUGAAGGGAGGGAUAAAGACAGCGAUGCUGAGAGAGGCCUAUAAGGAUGGAGAACUGAUUGAUAGGGACCCACUACUUGAGAUCAAGGACCGGUUUGUCGGGUUGCUGGAGGAAGGAUGGGGCGAGAGAGCAGAGCGGGUCAGGGCUUGGAAGCUGGAGGUCGAAAAGAAUAUGGAGAUGAUGGCAAUACGAGGUGGUGAAGGGGAAGGGGAUCGAGAUAGGAUUAAUGAUGGGACUGGAGAGUCGGAAGUUUUACUUCAAAUCGAGGAAGGUGGGUGAAGAUGAUUUUCAAGUCAGUUAGAUGAGGGUGCAGUUUAGAGAAGUUUGUCUCUUUGCUUGCUCGGUAGAGUUUGGAGGAUGGCAGUUCUUUGGACCAUUGCUCUUAUCACCUCACCCUUGCAGUUAUAUGUUCGAAGCCUGCAAGCUCGAAAGUCUUACUCUUACUCUCGUCACUCCCUAGCAACAUCUCCCGUUAGACCUGUCCGCAUUAUCACUGGUGUAAGCACCCAUUCGUUUUACACAUGUUUAGGUGCAGCUGCCGCCUGAGCUCUCUCAGAUGAAGGUUUCACCAUUGUUAUUGACUGCUGCAACGAUUCAAAUGUUGAAUAAGGAGGCCCAUCCCAAAGCUUUUGAAGUUGACAUCUCUUCCUUCCGCUCGAUCUUUCAUUUCAAAGAAUCUCUUCAGCAGUGGUUACAGCACUCAAAUAUGCAUUCUUCGGUCCAACUCUUAAUAAACAAUGCUGGGAUACUUGCAACUUCUCUGAGAAAGACAGCUGAAGGAUACAACGAAGAGACAUCUGUGCAUUCUGCUUGACCCAGCUUUUAUUGCCUCUUCUCAUAAACAGCCCUGUGCCUUCAAGGAUUGUGAAUGUUACAUCAUUUACGCAUCGAACGGGUUGACGGGCAAGCUGUAAUGGGCAAGUGCUUCUUGAGAUCAAAGCAGUAUCCGUUUGCUCAAGUUUAUGAGUACUCCAAAUGUAUGCAAGAGAAUUUUCUUUCUUUUCUGUUUGAUAUAAUGCACCCGAGAAUUAAUCCUUUUUUCCUUUUAUUGUGAAAUAAUUUCUUGUUUGCAGUCUGCCUCCUGCUAUUCUCCUAUGCACUUCAACGGCAAAUUGGCUUGAUGGAGAAAGCAAGUCAUGUUUCUGUCAUGUAUGGUUCCUUGCCAUAUUGUUGGGAUAAAUCCACAUCCUCGAAAUGUGAUUACUUGUCAAACAAGAUGGAGUGCAUAUUCUAGCAGUAAUCAAUAUUCAAUUUCAGUAUUAA